AUGAAAGCUAUUGCCUGGGAGUGGAAACCAAUCCCGCUUAGAAAAGUUCUUCUAUUAUUUCGCGCUGUACUGCGGAAGCCAGAGCGGGCAUAUAAUAUUCGACAUUUCUGUCUUCUGUCACAGAAAAGUUUCGAUUCAGCGGUUGAGUCAUGGCAUCCCCCAAGCUGUGAAACGGACUGUAAAGAAGAGAUCACACAUUUUCAGGAUGUUCUUGGGCAUGCCCAACACAUUGUGAAGAAAACUGCUUUCCCAGAUUCUAAUACCUGGACCCAAGCUCUUGAUAAUGGAAACCCCUAUGCAUUUGUGUCAAUCCUUCUCUCGCAGCUUCACAACCUCCAAUCACUGUCGCUUGAUUAUACUUUUGUAUGGCAAUCUGGGUUCCCUGGACUAAUGCUACGCCAUGCACUCUCAUCGAAGCAAUUGUCACAGUUCAAUUUUCUUACACAUGUGGAUUACGGGGCCAAUGUCCGGCGUGACGAAAUGAGCUUUGGCGAGCCGUUAAUCUACGAAGAGCCUGGAUACCCUGAGUGCAAUCCUAAACAAUUUCCUGCUUGGUUCUACCUGACAGCUCUCCGGUCGCUUAAAAUAUGGCUUCGUACCAAGAAGGGCAUAGAGCUGCCUUCGCCUUAUGGGCGGCCAGAUCUUUCUCGGCUUGAAAGGCUUAUCCUCACACGAGCGACUAUUGAAGAAAAUCAGGCUCCUAGCAUUCUUUCUCUUGCUCCCUCUUUAAAAACUCUGCAUCUGGGAAUGGCAUACAGAUGGGGCAAGGAGGUAGCUUUGAAAGAUGGACCAGCAAUAAUUGAAGGCCUGAAAUAUUCUAAGGAAUCACUCACGAAUCUGUCUUUUGGCAUUGAAUAUUAUCCACCAGGGAAAAGUGAUCUUCAUCUUCAACGAGGGGAGUAUGACCUCAGUACUCCAUUCUAUGGUCUACUGAAGCAAUUCCCAAAGCUUCGCUCUGUUGAAGUUCCUGUAAACCUACUUGCAGGAUGGACAAUGGAGGCCUCAAGUGAUCUGGUCUCAGGUUUACCCGAAGGGGUCGAACAAUUAUGUCUCAGGUCGGAUUAUGCUCCAGUUGAUUACGAUUCCUGGCACGCGGAGGAAAUGACGGAGUUAGUCACAUAUAACGCAUCAAAGCUAAAGGCGCAUUUGCCUCACCUUAAGCGCGUCUGGAUCCGGAGAUGGGAAUACUUUGCCCAGGACGGCGAAACAGUGCCCCUCGCGAAAGCUGCUCGGGCUGCCUGUGCCCAGGAGGGUAUUCAUUUCCAGGUUGUUUCUGACGAGCUUUCCAAUGGAAUUUGGACUGAAAAUCGCUUAGCCCCUGACCGGAAGGUUCUCUGA